AUGAUUCCGUAUCGAUUCCUACUUCUUUCCAUUAUAAAUAGACAACACUUUCUUACUAUUUUUCUCAUCCUUCACUACCAAAUAUCACAUUUCAAUUCAUCUUGAGUUCAGUACAAUGGAUUCCAGAAACGUUUUCCUCAUCCUUGGUCUAUUGGCCAUGGUUCUUGUUAUUUCCUCCGAGGUUUCAGCUAGAGAAUUAGCUGAGACUUCCACUAAUGCCAAAGAGGAAGUUGCUGAAAAGUCAAAUGAAGUAAAUGAUGCCAAAUAUUACGGUGGAGGUUAUGGUCAUGGCUAUGGUCAUGGACAUGGAGGCUAUGGUCAUGGACAUGGAGGCUACGGUCAUGGUGGUGGAGGUUACGGUCAUGGCGGUGGUGGUGGUUACGGUCAUGGCGGUGGUGGUGGUUACGGUCAUGGCGGCGGUGGUGGAUACAACGGUGGCGGUGUUUCCAACAAUGAGGUUGUUGAAAAGUCAAAUGAAGUAAAUGAUGCCAAAUAUGGCGGUGGACACUAUGGUGGUGGACACUAUGGAGGUGGACACUAUGGUGGUGGUCACUACGGUCAUGGUGGUGGUCAUCAUGGUGGACAUGGUGGUGCUUCCGACAAUGGUAACUGAUGAUACCAUGAUAAAUGAUGCACAUUCAAAGUAAUAAGUUUCAUGAAUGAAUAAUGUUUGGUGUUAAAUAAAAGAAAUACCAAUCUUGUUGUGGUUAUGUAUCAUCUAUGUAUAUGUGAAGACGUGUUUGAUUUCGAGUAAAAGUGAUGAAUGUGUUAUCAUUUGUUAUAUAUCAAAUAUCAUCGUUGUUGUUA